AUGGCAUCUAACAGCCUUUUCAGCACAGUGACACCAUGUCAGCAAAACUUCUUCUGGGAUCCCAGCGCCAGUCGGAGGUUCAGUCCGCCGUCCAGUAGCCUCCAGCCGGUCCCAGGAAAGAUGAACGAUGUGAGCUCUCCAGCCGGGCAGCCGGACGCAGCGGCGGCGGUGCCAAGACUGCGCCCCCACGAAAACCGCAGUAUGGCCGAGAUCAUCGCGGACCACCCGGCCGAGCUAGUGAGGACCGACAGCCCCAACUUUCUCUGCUCGGUCCUGCCCUCCCACUGGCGGUGCAACAAGACUCUACCCGUCGCUUUUAAGGUGGUAGCCCUGGGAGAUAUACCUGAUGGGACCGUUGUCACCGUAAUGGCGGGCAACGAUGAGAACUACUCCGCUGAGCUGCGGAACGCCUCAGGUGUGAUGAAGAACCAAGUAGCACGUUUCAAUGACCUCCGUUUUGUGGGCCGCAGCGGCAGAGGCAAGAGCUUCACUCUGACAAUCACAGUAUUCACCAACCCGCCACAAGUGGCCACUUACCACCGAGCCAUAAAGGUCACCGUGGACGGACCUCGUGAGCCCAGGAGGCAUCGUCAGAAGCUCGAGGAUCCUCCCAAAACUGGUCUGUUCUCCGACCGCCUCAGCGAGCUAGAGAGGAUGAGGGUGAGGGUCGCAGUUCCGACACAAGCUCCCCGGCCAGCUCUCAACACAGCGGCCAACUCCUUCAACCCACAGGGACAGACGCAGAUAACAGACCCUCGUCAGUCCCAGUCCUCUCCUCCCUGGUCGUACGAACAGACGUAUCCGUCCUACCUGAGUCCCAUGGCGUCCCCCUCGGUCCACUCCACCACCCCCCUCUCCUCCAGCCGAGCCACAGGUCUGCCUGCCAUCAGUGACGUGCCUAGACGAUUGCCAGGUUCCUCUGACCUGAGCCCAUUCCCCGGUCAGUUCGAGCGCCAGUUCCCGAGCCUCUCCUCCCUCACAGAGAGCCGUUUCUCCAGCCCUCGGAUGCACUACCCGGCAACCUUCACCUACACCCCGCCCGUCACCUCAGCCAUGUCGCUGGGCAGCGCCCACUACCACACCUACCUUCCCCCUCCGUACCCGGGCUCCACCCAGAGUCAGAGCGGACCCUUCCAGACCAGCAGCACGCCCUAUCUCUACUACGGGACGUCCUCCAACACGUACCAGUUCUCCAUGGUUCCCGGCGGGGACCGCUCGCCGUCCCGGAUGAUCCCGCCUUGCACUAGCGCCUCCACGGGCACAUCCCUGGUGAACCCUAACCUGCCCAGCCAGACAGAGGGAGGGGUGGACGGCGACGGAAGCCACAGUAACUCCCCAACUGUACUCAACCCCGGAGGCCGCAUGGAUGAAGCAGUCUGGAGGCCAUAUUGAAGAAGGCAGAGAGAUAAGAAGUCAACUGAUGUCAUGGUUUGAAAGCACAAAACCUUUUCUUUCUCUUUUUUAAAUAAAAAGGGGAUUUUUGAGCUUACAUCAGCUGUCUCUACCUUUGGAAAUUAAGGUUGAGAUUAAAAAAAAAGAGGGAGAGAGCAAGAGAGACCAAACGUGUGUGGACUUGUCCUCCUGGAAUGUGUUUAGACCGUGGCGCUACAAAGGGAGUCGGUUUCAAAGCAAUAAUGAAAAAGACAGUUUUGGUUUACUAGGCCCAAGUGGAUGAGACAUUAUUUCAGUUUUAUUC